AUAAAGACGGUUAAUUAUUUCACUUGAAUUCGUUAAAAUUUGGCCCAUCCCAAUUCAACCCAAUUCGUGAAUACGCUAAACCCUAUUUAAGCAUAGGCUUGGGGCUACACAAUAGAAUCGUUGAUGCUUCUAAACCCUAUUAGCUUCCAACCCUAACCCUAUUCUGUUACGACACAAUUCCACCGUGAAGAACACCGCACUGCCGUAACAAAAUGUCUAAGCCGCCAGAAACUUCAACGGAAGAAGUAGAUAGGAUAAGCAGUUUACCAGACGAUAUCCUAAUUCAAAUUCUCUCUUCUCUUCCCACCAAACAAGCCUUUCUCACUUCCAUUCUUUCAAAGAGAUGGAAGCAUCUAUGGUUUUUUGUUCCAGUUAUUGACUUUACCAAAACCAAACACUCCGAUUCACGCUUAUUCGACAAAUUCGUUGACUCCAUCUUGUGCUUGCGAAAAGCUGCUGGUAAUAAUUCCAUCCACAGUUUCAUCUGGGACGAUGAACACAUAUCGCAUAAUUGGGCAACAAUAACCCCUAAAUUGUCUAAUACUAUUCUUACUUGUACAACCCUUGUUGUUCUUAAGCUCAGUUAUCUUUAUAUGGGUCCGGCAUUUUGUUAUUAUCCCAUAAUAUUACCUUCACUCAAAACCCUACAUUUGAAAGACAUUAAGUUUGAUCGAUAUGGAGAUCUUAAGUGUCUUCUAGGGUAUUGUCCAGUUAUUGAAGAUCUUCAACUAUAUCAUAUAUCCUAUCUCACUUUUCUUGAUCCCAACAGAUGUUGUGAAACCUUAACAAAGUUGAUUAGAGCAGAUAUUAUUGAAUGUAAUUGCGAUGUUCCGAUGAAAGCACUUUCAAAUGUGGAGUUUCUACGCAUAAAACUAUACAAGACUUUUAACUCUCCUACAUUCCAUAAUUUGACUCAUUUGGUGCUCAGCUACAGUUGGGGUAUAGUUCAACGUGUGCUCUACCUUUGCCCUAAGCUUCAAAAUAUUGAAUUUUAUCAGAAGAUACAAGGCAGCAUUAGGGAUCAUGAGUUCGUAUAUGGUCAAAACUGGGUUCUUCCAAAAUUUGUUCCACCAUGCCUUUCACUAAGCCUUAAAACAUGCUCUAUGAGGGACUUUGGAUUUGCAGGUCUUCAACAUGAGCACACUAUGUUAGCAACAUAUAUUCUGAACAAUUCAUCAGUUUUAGAAACUAUGUCAAUUUGGUGCUUCAGAAAACGAUCUGAGAUAGAAAGAGAACUAACCUCAUGUUCAAGGGCUUCUGCAACAUGUAAAUUUUCAUUUUAUUCGGAAUAUGUAUGAUAACGUAAGUAAGUAAGUAGUAAUCUCUCUUUUGUUUCAUUAGCUGCUAGUCUGUUACAAAGACAUUGCUGGAUUUGGUGGUUUGAUGAACUAUGUGUCGCUAUGAAAGUCAUUGUAAACUUUGUCGCAG